GCCAUCCUUGAUUGCCGAUUUCGAAUGAUAAGAAUUUUGUUUUUGUUUUCAAUUUCUUUUCUUCACUCACUUCACAUUAUGUGUUAAAUUUUGCCUUGUUUUUCACACAAUUGAAUCAAUAAGAUUCGAAUAAGAAUGAUCAAUGUACCGGAAUCAUUAUCAUUUUCAAAUGAAUUUCGUCAUUUACCAGCAACAAUUAUUCAUCAAUUAAUUGGUCUGUUGGAUAUUAAAGAUAAUUGGAAAUUAUUGGCAACAAUCAUUCGAAAUCCUGAUCAUCCUGAACAACUUUUAUUUCGUACAACUGAUAUUGCAUUGUUAGAUGAACAACGUAAACGAUCAGGUUGUAGUGCUGCAAAUGCAAUGAUACAAUAUUGGUCAACAUAUGGCCGUCGACGACAUACAAUUGGUGAUGUUAUCGAAUUUCUUGAACAAUCUGGUCUUGUUCGUGCUGCUGAUUUGAUUCGAAAUUCUAUACAACAACAACAUAAACCAUCGACAGAUAAUGAUGAUGAUAAUGUUGUUAAAAUAGCAGAACAAAAUUGGACAGAUUUACCUGGUUAUCGUUCAAGAACAACAAUGUCGAUGAUGGCAAGACCAACAGCACCGAAUCAAUCACUUAUGUCAUUUACAACAAUAAAUGAUUGUCCAAAAGAUACAUCGAUCAAUGAUAAUUCAAUGGAUUCACUCAUUCGAUUUUCAUAUCAAAAUCUUUGUAAUGCAACUGAAAAUUUUUCAUCAAAAUCCAUCAACGAUGGUGGUACAAAGCUAGGUGAAGGUUCAUUUGGUGAAGUAUUUCGUUGUUCAACAACAGCAUUAUUAUUGCAGAAUCCAUUUCGUAUGAAUAUUUUGGAUUUAAAAUUUGUAGCUGUUAAACGCUUUAAACAAUUACCAUCGAUUGAAAAUCAAGAUAAUGAUUAUGAUAAUAAUCGUCAAGAAUUUCUUUCCGAAUUGAAUAUUAUGUAUCAUUUUCGUCAUCCAAAUCUUGUUAAAUUAUUCGGCUAUUCCGAUGAUGGUCCAAAUUUUUGUAUAAUAACUGAAUAUAUGGCUAAUGGUUCACUUUAUAAUUAUAUGUUUGCACAACCGAAACAACCAAUAACGAAGCGACCAUUAUCAUUUGUCGAACGUUUACGAAUCGUCAAUGAUAUUGCCAAUGCAAUUGUUUAUCUACAUACUUAUUCGAAUAAUAUUGAUUCAAAUACAAAUAAACCAUUUGUACAUCGUGAUAUAAAAAGUGCAAAUAUUCUAUUGGAUCAACAAUUUCGUGCAAGAUUAGGUGAUUUAGGUCUGGUACGACAAGGUUCAAAUUCAAAUUGGGAAACAACUAUUGUUACCAAAACUGUUAAAGGUACUAGUGUUUAUAUGGCACCUGAAGCAUUUCGUGGUGAUAUUUCCGUAAAAAUGGAUACAUUUAGUUUUGGUAUUGUUCUGUUGGAAUUAUUAACAGGUAUGGCUGCAUUUGAUCCAAAUCGUGAUGAAUCUGAUAUGGUAUCCUAUAUUGAUGAAAUGAUUGGUGAGGAAUUUGAUCAACAACAACAACAACCGAUAAAAUAUGAUCGAAAUAUCGAUCUAAUCGAAUUGAUUGAACAAAAAUAUCAACAAUGGAUUGAUCGCAAUAAAUUUUUACAAAUUUUCGAUCAAAAAUGUUUGAAUAAUAAUAAUGAUGAUGAUGGAUGGAACGAACAAUUAGCAUCAAAAUUAAUAAUUUUAGCCAAAUAUUGUAUUGAACAACGAAAACGUAAUCGACCAACAAUGAUUGAGGUAAAAAAAUUUCUUGACCACCUGUUGCAUUCAUAAUAAUACUGGUUGUUUGAUGGUGGUCGAUUAUUUAUUACGUUUGUUAUUGGAUCGUUCCAAAAUAUUUUGUUCAUUUCGAUCCUGUGCAGAACGAUAAUGUGAUG